CCAGGGGAACAGCCCGGAGGGAGAGAAGCAACUCCAGAACAACCCCCUCCCCCUGGAAAUAGCCCCAGACAAGCGGCCAGGCAGGCUGACCCUGUCCCUCUCACUGCCCCGGAGCUCCCCAUCUUCAUCUGGGAAGGACAUCAUGAGCACGGAAAGCAUGAUCCAGGACCUGGAGCGAGCGGAGGAGGCACUGCCCAAGAAGAUCAGGGGCCCCCAGGGCUCUAGAAGGUGCCUGUGCCUCAGCCUCUUCUCCUUCCUGCUUGUGGCAGGAGCCACCACGCUGUUCUGCCUGUUGCACUUUGGAGUGAUCGGCCCCCAGAGAGAAGAGAAUGGCCUCCCAAUCAUCAGUUCGCUGGCCCAGACCCUCCAACUUAGAUCAUCUUCUCAGAUAGCAAGUGACAAGCCUGUAGCCCACGUUGUAGCAAACCAACAAGCGCCAGAGCAGCUGCAGUGGCUGAACCGUCGUGCCAAUGCCCUCCUGGCCAAUGGCAUGGAACUGAUAGACAACACUCUGGUGGUGCCAUCGAAUGGGCUGUACCUGGUCUACUCUCAAGUUCUCUUCAAGGGCCUAGGCUGCCCCUCCUUCUUCCUCCUUACCCACACUGUCAGCCGCUUUGCCAUCUCCUACCGGGAAAACGUUAACCUCCUUUCUGCCAUCAAGAGCCCAUGCCAGAAGGAGACCUCAGAGGGGGCCGAGCUCAAGCCUUGGUAUGAGCCCAUCUACCUGGGAGGGGUCUUCCAGCUGGAAAAGGGUGACCGACUUAAGGCUGAGGUCAAUCUGCCCGAAUAUCUAGACUUGGCUGAAGCUGGGCAGGUCUACUUUGGGGUCAUUGCUUUGUGAAAAGAAUGGCUGUCCAUUCAUUUCUCUGAGAUGCCCUCCUCUUCUGGCUUAGGAAGGGAAUGAGGGGCUCAGAGUUGGAUCGUAAGUUUAGAAAUGUCAGCAACAACACUCAGAAAUGAAAGUUGCAGGGGUAUGUGGUCUGGACAAUGGGACACUCACUAGCUACUAUCGAAAUUCAAACUGGAGCUUCUAGAACUCACUGGGGCUUCAAGGUUUGGUCCCUAAAUUUCACCUAGGACAUCUAGAAUGAGGGGCUCAGCCAGGCUUUGGUUCAGAAUUCCUCCCUUAAAGAAGACCUCAACUAGCAUUUGACAGGAGUCAACCUUGGGCCUUCCUCUCUUCAGAUGUUUCCAGACUCUUCCCUGACAUGCCAGAGGCAAGCCCUCUCUAUUUAUGAUUGUACGUGUGGUUAUUUAAUAUUUAAUAUUUAUUUAUUUAUUAACAUGAAUAUAUUUAUUUGGAAGGUCAGGGCGUGUCCUGAGGGGAAGGGGUAACCCAAUGUAGGAGCUGCCUUACGCCAGACAUGUUUUCUGUGAAAAUGCUGCUGACCUGUAAGCCGCUCCUACCUGCCCCCCCCACCCCCCGCCCGCCUCAGUGCCUCUUUUUGCUAAAACAAAAUAUUUAUCUAAUCCAAUUGUCUUGGUAAUGCUGAUUUGGUGACUAGACUGUGGUCACUACAAGGCUGAAUCUCUGCUCCCCAGGGGAGUUGAAUUUGUAAUCGUCCUACUAAUCAGUGGCGAGAAAUAA